UACACUCCGGUGCAGGGAGCAUUCUAUUCGAGGUUCCACGACUGAUCCUGAGUGUAGCAGAGACCCUCCUACGAUACGCAGUUGUAUGUUGGAUGCUUUAUGACCAGUAGUAGUACAGACGCUCUCCAGUGCCAUUAUCGAUCGUACUUAGCCAGAUUUGAAUGAGCAAGACCACGACCCACUCAGUUCUGAGUGAUCUAGAGCCCACAAAGCGAGAAUGCAAUUGUAGUACCUCAUCACUAAAUUUUGUUAGGUAAAUACUCGACUACAUGUACCCAAAAGACACUACUAAUUGCAGUAAAUUGACACCCUGCAUCCUAUGUUGGGUUUUGUUCAUGCUUUGAAGUUUCCGGAUAGUCAGUUCACUGGGGAGGACUCGAUUUCGCUAAGAGGAUUCCUGAAGUACCACACCAUAACAGAGAUAACAAUAUGGAACGGUGGCACUCCUUCGCAGUCACUCUGCUCCUGGUUGCAUCGCCGCUCUCGUUUGUACUCACGGCGACAGUUCAACGACAGCCUGCCGGGUCGCUGACCAUAGAGGUGGAUUCGCCGGACGACAGCGGAGCGCGGACACAGUAUGAAUCACCAGUCUCGCUGGAGAGUUACGAGCGCAAAAAGGACAACCCAUACGAGCCAGCAUGGUACAAAUGUGCGAAAGCCACCGGUGUUAAUCUUCGGAUGGAGAUAUUACCUGGCUGGGGAUGGGACGCACUUACCUCCAACACGAUGGGAUUCAUGCACGACAUGACGUAUGACCUUUGCCAGACGACACCAGAUGGAAAGUACCUAAUUCCCGAUCAGAUUCAGGCCGUGAAAAUCAAAUCCAGCGAUGUCAAGCAGUUUUCCGAGGUGUUUGAAAGCUUCAAGGAUUACCAAGACACUACGACAGCAUCAUUCAAUUUGAAUGUCAACUUCCCAUUCGUUAGCGGCAGCUUAUCUGGAGGCUUUUAUGACAACAAGAGAAACCAGGUCUCCUACAAGUCGUCAACGGCGCGAACAGAGAUCAGGCAUGAAUCCUACCAACUUGCGGUGAAGCCAGACGCGGCGCUCUCCCCUCAGCUCAAGAACCGUCUGCUCGUCAUUGGUGAUUUGAUUCACAGCAACGAGAGUGAAGCCGCUACACAUGAGGUUGAGCUGCUCAUCCGGGAUUUCGGAACCCAUAGGCUCAGACGUGUGACGGCAGGUGGCAUUUUCCAACAAGAAGAUCAGGUUACCAAUAGCUACAGAAAUGACUCUGCAACAACUUCCGCCAAUGUCAGAGCUGCAGCUUCUUCAACGUUCUUGGUCAAGAUCGGUUUCAAAUUUUCCUACUCCAUCAGCGUGCAGCAGUUGUCAGAAUUUUCGAGAAAUGUCACCCAGUCUCUGACCAGGACGUUCGGUGGCAACGCAUACCUGCCGGGCAUGACUGUUGCUGAGUGGGACGCCGAUCUGGACCGCAGCCUGGUGGCUGUAGAUCGCGGCGGUGAUCCAAUCGAGUACGUCAUUACACCAGAGAGUGUGCCAGAGCUGCCGGCACCCACUGUGAUGCAGAUAUCUGAAGAAUUGGCAAGGGCUUCCAAGGAAUACUUUGAAGCGAACACACAUCGAGGAUGCACGGACGUCAACUCGGCAAACUUUAACUUCAAGGCAAACAGCGGAGAUCGCUCCUUGUGCAACCCUGUGCCACACAACUAUACGUUUGGCGGUAUUUAUCAGACUUGCACGGUGCAGAACGGCGAGGACAAGGAAGACUUCUGCAAGCCUUUGACCCAGAAGAACCCAAGCACCGGUGACUUCCAAUGUCCGCCAAUGUAUGAACCGGUUCUGCUUCACACGGGAGUUCACACAACAUACUGGCAGCAACCUGGCUGCAGGCCUGUUAAAUACACAUAUUACACAGUGUUUGGUCCUAUAACAAGAGAACUAAAGGUGUGCAGCAAAUACGUGUACUCAGCCGAUGCGGUCUACCAGACCUACUGGUGCGUGAGGCUGGACAAGGUGGCAGCCCGGUCCGGAUACCUCUUCGGAGGAAUCUACUCGGACAAGUACCCAAACCCUGUGACCGAGCUGUGGACGUGCCCGCAGUAUUUCUACGCCUUAACAAUGGGCAAUGGGAUGAAAGUGUGCAUCAGCAAUGACUACAAGAAUGGUUAUGACCAUGCUCGUCCAUUUGCAGGUUUUUACAGCUGCACAACCGGCAAUCCGCUUUCUUUGGCCAACGCUAAGCCGACGACGGCACCCAUGCGGCUUUCUGAGACUGGAUUCGAUGCGCUGACUGGAGAGAGCAGUUGGCCUAAGGAAUGCCCGUCCGGAUAUUCUAUGAAAUUGGCGGGCAUUGAUGAUGGCUGCCAGAUCAACUACUGCUCGAAAAGCAUAGCAUACCCUGACGCAGUCCGACCCCAACUCUACAGACCUCCAUAUAGCAGGACUUACCCACCACCUGGAAAUCACACCAUCUAUGUGACGGAAAUCACUGGACCAGGUGGAGAGAUGUGGCGUAAGAAUCUUACAACGGAAGUUUGGAGCAAGGUUAUUUUGGGUGCACAGCCAUUGGGCUAUGGUGAUCAAGCUGAAGGCAGUGUAUUGGACAGCACAUCCAGCCACGGCAGAACGCUGGUCUACACCCUAGUGCCCGCUGCGGUGGUGGUCCUCGCCCUUGCCCUCGGUCUGGCAGCUCAGCACAAGCAGAUCAAACACCUUGAAGUGCAGAAGACUCCAGAAUCGCGUCGCCCCCAGGUCUCGCUCUCGGUGGGACCAAGUCCAAGAGCUAACAUUAGCUUGAACAAUGAUCUGCUACCUUUGGCAGAGCAGUUUUAGUUACCCUACAGACCCGAGACAAUCAAGCCAUUGACUAUUAGAUUCUCUCUCUACAGCAUAGUUGUUGCAUCCAAAAUGCGUAAAACUUCCAAGUUCGGUCAUUCUUUUCAUGUCUACUUUUUCAGUUCUCAAUUCCUUAGUCGUAGUCUCUACUACGUAGAAGUUGAAAAUUAGAUCAUGGGCGUAGGAACCGGUCCGGCAGGCCCGGCGGUCGCCGGACACAUAAUUUUCGUUCAA